AUGAUGCAAAUGAUGUCCUUGCAAACGUUCGACCGGACCUACCCGGUAAAGUUCGCCUCAAAUCUGCGACUAUCACCUCUUCUCUCCUGCGAAGCCCUCCGACGCGUUGCCUGGUCUACCUUUUAUGUCGAUACCAUCGUCGACGGGGGUCGAUACGGUUUUCACAUUGUCGAUGAGAAGGCUUAUCGUCUCCAGCUUCCCUGCGACCAAGCGAGCUUCUUAGCCGACGAGACGACCAUAACUGAGCCGCUUUUCUACAACUCUGCCAACGCUAAUGCUGAUAAUCCCGAGCGUGCGCCUCUUGAUAUGUCAGCAUACCUCCUUCGAACAGCAGCCGCUCGUCGUCGGGCAUUACACUUUGCCUUUCGCGCCUCUCAUAGUGAACAGACCGUUGAACGGCUAAUGGAGGAGCUGGCUGCCAUUGAGGCUGAUGUAGAAGAGGUUAUUGCCGCGUUGCCCAAGCGGUUUCAUUUCAACACCGACAAUAUGUUUCUGCAUCGUGAUCGACUAAUUACAUUUAUUCUCCUGCACAUUUUACGCCAUAACCUUUUCAUCGUCAUUGGUCGAGCUGCUUUACAAAUAUACCAGCGGGAUUCGGCCAAAUCAGAGCUCAUAGCCGGCGUGCGGCGGAACAGGAUUUCUCAUGCUCUACCAAUAGCUGGCCUCGUCGCAGAGGGUCUAAAGGCGGGUAUCAGCUUUGAUCCACAGGUUGGGGUCCAGGCAUAUGUCGCCCUAGAGAGUACCAAUUUCUCUCAUCCUACUCAUUGCACAAACUUUGCUAACUGGAGUGCGACAGUCCUUCUGUUCGAGCCACGUCGCUUAGCCGAGACAGAUCCUUUCGUCGAUCCCAAAGCGCCCGAGCUGAUGGAAGCGAUCCCUCACCUGCUCGCUGUGGUUCGGAACAUUGCAGAUCGAUCCGACGAGUAUCGACUAGUUGGACAAGAUGCUGCUGAGUACGAUUUCCGCGACUUCCGAUGGGCGAAGCUCGAACGGAUUCGUCAAGGCGCUGAGUCGUCCACCAACGCGGCGUGCGACGAGGCUUUACUUGAGUACAAGGUAGGUGAAGAGACAGCUCCACCCUCGACGGCGCCUUCUCCACGCCUCGAUGCGAUGGACGUCCGGCACGCCAUUAGGGGAGCUUCGGUGGCCCAUUCGCUACCAUACUCCGCCUCAAAUGCGCUCAAUCUGUCUGAAGCGCAGAGUAUUGAAGGGGCUGGCGUAGCACAGACCGUGCAGCCCUGGUGGGGACUCGCCCAACCCGAAAACGCCGAUCAAGCGUUUUCGCUCGACUAUUCGUGGCUCUUGGAUGAAUCAGGGCUCCCAUGGGAUCAGGCUGGUGACUUUACGAGGUCCCUAUCCCAAUUUUAA